CCCACUCACAAGGUGCCUGAGCCGGAGAGCGAGCAGCAGCGCCGCGUCCCCGCCGCCCUCCGCAGCGCCCGACCCGCCAUGGCCAACUUCGCCGGCACUUGGAAGAUGAAGAGCAGCGAAAAUUUCGACGAGCUGCUCAAGGCACUGGGUGUCAAUGCCAUGCUCAGGAAAGUGGCGGUGGCAGCCGCCUCCAAACCCCACGUGGAAAUCCGCCAGGACGGUGACCAGUUCUACAUCAAAACUUCCACUACUGUCCGCACCACUGAGAUCAACUUCAAAAUCGGGGAGAGCUUUGAGGAGGAGACGGUGGAUGGACGGAAGUGCAGGAGUUUGGCCACUUGGGAGAAUGAAAACAAGAUCUACUGCAAACAAACUCUUAUUGAGGGAGAUGGUCCCAAAACAUACUGGACUAGAGAAUUAGCUAAUGAUGAGCUGAUUUUGACUUUUGGUGCUGAUGAUGUUGUGUGCACAAGAAUUUAUGUAAGAGAAUAAAAGCAUCAAUGUCCUUGUCAGCUGGAAUGAAGUGGAGAGCUGUGAAGCCCCCAGUACAAGGAGUGUCUGUGUGUGCUGUUCCUGCCUCAGUGUUGUACGUGACCGUGUGUGCUAGAUCUGAACCCAGACCCUCUGUUAAGUGUAUUUUGCUUUCAGUUUUCAUUUCAGACACUAUUCCUCUCCACUUUUAUGCCACCGAUUUUCAUGUCUGCUUUGUAUUUUGUAGUUGUCACUUGCUAUGGUUUCCUCGGUUAUUAAACGUAUUGGGCAUAACUCA